AUGGUACAUGAUAGCGCGCAAUAAAACCUUAGAAUUAGGACAGUAUAAAGAGUGCAGGUUGUACAUGAAGUUGAGUAGCAGAGUCACAGACUGAAAAGUUGGUUGUAGCCAUGGAGGGCAGGAGUAAGAAGAAGGGUAAAGAAAGCAGUGCAAGCGGUCAACGACGUGUGGGUUUACUAUACGAUAGGAGGAUGUGCAAACACUACACGCCGAACGAGCCGAAGCACGUCGAGAAUCCUAAUCGCAUUAGGUCAAUUUGGAACCGACUCGAAGCCAGCAACGUUCCUCAACGAUGCGUGCUUUUAGAGGCCAAGAAAGCUGAAGACAGACAUGUGCGGUUAGUUCAUUCCAGACAUCAUGUGAAUAUGAUUAAGAACAUCAGCGCCAGGGGGUUCAAAUCGCGGAGGUCUCAGAUUACCUCCGAAUUGAAUUCCGUAUAUUUUAAUGAAGGUUCGUCUGCAGCUGCGUUCCUUGCUGCUGGCUCUACUGUAGAGGUUGUUGAAAAGGUGGCAAGUGGGGAAUUGGAUUCAGCUGUUGCCAUUGUGAGGCCCCCAGGUCAUCAUGCAGAACAUAAUGAAGCUAUGAGAUUUUGUCUCUUCAACAAUGCGGCAGUUGCUGCAAGAUAUCUCUUAGACAAAAGACCUGAUUUAGAUGUGAAGAAAAUUUUAAUUGUUGAUUGGGAUGUCCAUCAUGGAAAUGGUACUCAAAAAACGUUUCGGAAUGACUCUCGAGUUUUUUUCUUCUCCGUUCACAGAAGGUACCUAAUCGACCACGACAACAAGGUCUACGUUUCUACCCGAUCAAUUUCUUCAAUAGAGCAAAUAAGUUUCGACUCCUUUUCUCCUUUCCGUUCUCAAAUCUUCUUUAGAGGAAUCUCGUGUUAUUGCAUGUGUAAUCAUGCCUCUCCUACACGUUCUUGA